AUAACUAAUAUUUUCUCACAUACUAUAUCUUCUUAUAAAAUUGCAGUAUAUUGAAUUCAACUUAUUUGUAUUGAAAUGCAGUAAUAGUUUUAUGUAAUGAAAACAUUUGUAAUUUUAUCCUAGACUGCUUGCAACUAUUCAUCUGUUCAUAUGAUUCCGAUUUUUACCUGCCCAAUAAAUUUUCCUCAUGGAACGAUCAUAGUUACAAUUAGUAAUAAUUGUUCAGCAUUAGCUUGCCACCUUGCCUAAUAUACGAUUGACUAUUAUUUAAUUUUGACAACACUCCAAUCCUUCUCUCUCACAUUGGCAUCAUAAACUUUAUUUUGCGAAUUUUUUUAUUACUAGGUACAAUUUUACAGUAAUUUUUUCAUAGCACUAUCCACUUUUUUCAGACUGAUAGAAGAAGUGCAUCAUUGGGCAAUGACAGUCCAACAGAUUUUUCUGAGAACUGCUCCAGAGGCAUGGAGCUGUUUGAAGGGCAUCUUUUGCAUCUACAAACCUCCAAGAAUCAGCAUGAAAAAAGUUGUUGACUGUAUUAGUUGGAACUUGACUGAUGAACUCAACAAAAUGAAAUAUUUUAAGCCAGAUGAACUGGGGAAUGCUAAAGGCGGCGUCCACACCUCGCUCAAGCACGUAGAUUACACGUACCAUCCUCUGGCUCUUGGAGAAUUGUAUCACAAGGCUGACUUUACUUUCUCCUUUGUAGACAAGAUGCUGCCUAUAGUCUCAGGUGUGUGUGUGAUUGGCUUGGGCGAGGAAAGCCGUUCAGUGGCCAAGAAGCUGAAAGCUGCUCAGCUGCUAAGUACCUACACCCUCGAGGGCAAACUUGGAGUUGCUACUCGGGAUUACUACUACACUGGUAACGCAGUUGAAAGAACGACGUACGACCACGUGACGGCGAGCAGAUUGGAGCGCGUGCUAAUGAAAAUUCAGAGUCACAACCAGAGAAGACUUAUCGACCAACUUGGUUUGCUCCCAAACUCUCAGGCCGCGUAUGAAGUGCUAUCUAAAGGGCUGGUUCGACCUAACGCAGUUCAAGAAGUGGUUCUUUAUGGAAUAAAAUUGAUCGAAUUCAAACGACCGCACUUUUCAAUUGAAGUGACUGGCGUGAACAUUCACGCUGAUUACCUGCUGAACCUCAUCAACGACAUCGGGCUGAUGGCGCGGAGCACAGCACACACCCUGCAGAUUAGAUGCAUUCGACAAGGCUCGUUCACCCUAGACCUCGCAUUAAUCCGUAAACAGUGGUUUGCAGAGCACAUAAUCAACAAUAUAGCGGUGUGCAAACCGUUCAUAACGAAAAUGGAGCAUGAACAUGUCAACCUUCUCAGUCUGCAAGAUUAUCAAGAAGAACAAAGAAUAGUUUACAAAAAACAAUUAGAAGAGAAGAUCUCAGUGCCGAGCGAAGAUAUUAAGCUUUUAGGACCAAGUAAGGACGUCAACUUGGAUGAAAAAUGAGCCCAAUAAUAAGAGUAGAUCAGUA